AAUAAACAAUUUUCUCUGCCACCAGCACAAUAGUGAUUCCAAAAACGGGGGAGUGGCAAAGAAAGGAGGAAAGAAGGCAAUACCAAUGAGAGGAGAAACUCUGCUUUCUGUUUCUUGUUUGGAGGCAGAGAAGUCUACACAGAGGCAGGCCAUGGGAUGUGUGCCCUAGACAGUCAUCUAUCCCAUGGCAUAGUUGAUUGUUCAAGGCAUUCCUGCACUGCCUUGGUGCAUGGAAUGCAGACUUUAUGGAGCUAGCAGCCUUUUCCUCCAUUGCCACAGCUCUCUUUUCAUGAGCAUGUAGAAAAAUUAUGGCAUUAGAAGGCAUUAUGUUAGCAUAGUGCUCCAUAGUCCCAAACGUGAACCAAAAAACAUUGAACUAUGGUGGAAAAUUUGCUGAAAACAUCAGCUGACUGGUUUCUACUAUGGGGGGGGGGGCAAAUCACCUUUGAACAAAUCUUGUCAAGAAAACCCCAUGAUACAAGUAGCAUUUGCCUUUGGGUUUCCAUAAAUCAGAAACAACUUGAAGGUAUACAGCAGCAGCAAAUAAUACUAGAAAGCUAGGAAAGAGAAAUGUUUCAGGUGGAAAUGGAGCAUCUUCCCCAUCAAAACAUCCAGGAAGGAAUGUGUUCCUUGUUUGAGAAAAGUACUAAAGAGAGAUGUAAAAAUUGUCCAAAAAAACUUGAAAAGUUCUUGUAAACAUGAAUAUGAUUAAAUAAUACUGUUUGCUACAACUGAAAUACCUGUCCAUUAAAUUCAAUGUAGAACUAAACAGUUCAGGGUAGGUUUAAUGCAUAAUAAUAGAAACCAUUUCUACAAGGUUGGGAAAUGAAUACUAGUCCUAGGAGUCUUUAACAGAGAUUAGAUAGUUAUGAAUAAUAGAUAUGCUACUUGUGGUUUAAUAGCAAAUAUAUAUAUGUUUCAUACUGUUAUACACAGCAAGAUCUCUGUAACUGUGGAGCCCAUAUCUAUGGUUUCACUUUCCUGUAUAUGGAGAAAAUGGUCUCUAGACAUUUUCUAAAUCAGUGAUUCUCAACCUGUGGGUUCCCAGAUGUUUUGGCCUUCAACUCCCAGAAAUCCUAACAGCUGGUAAACUGGCUGGGGUUUCUGGGAGUUGUAGGCCAAAACACCUGGGGACCCACAGGUUGAGAACCACUGCUCUAGAUCCUCCAGGUGAUUCUAUGGUAUGCUUCCUCCAAAAGUAGCCACAGUGUUGCAUUGGAAGACCUUGCAAAUAUCUAGAGAGGAUAUCUAUGGUAUACUGGACUGCAAGUGAGGUAAUAUAAUUAUGUGCGAUCAUAUUAUAGUUACAUUUAAAGCUGUUGUUUUUAUUUGCUGGACGACAUGAAGAAAAGCCAACUCAUAUUGUGACUACAAUGAGAUGGAAUAGCCAGUGUGUGCAAAAGAAAGCAAAGCUCCAAUAAUCACAGAGAGAAUAGUUCACAUCUGAUUUUUUUUUUAAGUAUAAAAGAUUCGCUGCCUUGGGUAAAACCAUGAAGGGUCUUAAAUGGUGAUUCGGAUUGAUUUACUUAUACUUCAUUUAUUAUUUGAUAUCACUGUACAGACAGCCCAGAGUUACAAACAUCCGACUUACAAAUGACUCAUAGUUACAAAUAGAGGUGAGACAACAGGAAAUGAGAAAAAUUUGCCCCUACGAAAGGAAAUUCACUCCUGAAAGAGUUAUUAUCAUGGAGAUAAUAAAGCUUUCUCACAAUCCUUGUUUUCAUGACAAGCCACAUUUUUCAAAAUCCAGUUUAGACAAGGAAAGAAAGCGUGGCGAAAUCUGAACAGGGGCAGAGAGAAGCAAAACAAACACUACAGGGAUGUGAAGCCUCCCUGUGCUAACCAAAGCUAUAUAGAUAUAUAUUGCUGGAGUUACAGAUAAAAAUGUACUGGUUCCAACUUGCAUAAAAAUUCAACUUAAGAUCAAACCCACAGAACUUUGUUUGUAACUUGGGAACUGCCAGUAUACAGUUUGAAAACAUCCCCAGCAAGCUUUCAAAAACCAUUGAAAUGCAAAUACAAGAAUAAAUCCAUGAACAUUUUAAAAAGGGUAUCACAAAACCAUUAUUGGGAAAUUGCAAACAAGAUCAGAUAGCACCCAAAGCUAUGACUAGGUUUAAAAAAAUAGUCAGUUCACUGUACCCACAUGUUCAUAGCUUGGAAACAAAUGUUUUAACAAAUUCCAAAAAGCAAACCUUGAUUUUGCCUUUUUUAUGAGGACCACCAUUUUGCUAUGCUGUUUUACAUAAUGGAACUUGAGCAUCCAUCCACAAAUUUUGGCAUCAUAUGGCAUCCUAAAAUCAAAACACCAGCAGAUACCAAAGGUCAACUGUAACUACUGGAAUAUGACAGAUUCAAAUUGGACUGGGAAAGGGCCAGACUUUUUUGGGAAACUAAUAACACCAUACAUGUCUCUGUUGUGAGAAGGAUCAAAGAAGCUCUUGAACAGAGCACAAAUUCGGAGAAGCUAGGAGGACACAAAUCCCGGGUUGCUGGUUCCAUGCCAUUUGGUAUUGGAAAGCAAAGCAAACUAGUGAAUCUUAAAAUUAGCUGAAAGCCUAGCAUCAGGAAGCCUGUGUCCUUUUCCAAAAUAGGUGGUGGUUGUAGUUUUAAAACUACUUUUCAACCAGGGUUGGAGAGAAAUCUUGUGCCAGAAACUACAGCUCCUUUCCUCAUUUAUGGGCAGGAGUUGCACUCAACCUUCCUGUUCCACUUGUCUCUUUAAGAAGCAAGUUGGCAGAGAGUCAGAAGGGAAGCCCAGCCCUCCUGUUGCAACUGUGGGCACUUUUUGAGCUUAGUUUCAUUUUCUCAUUCCAGUUCUUGCUCUUGCUCAGAAGAAAAUGGCAUCUGGGGGCUCACAGAAGCUGGAGGAUAAGCUAACAUGCUGCAUUUGUUUAGAGAUGUUUACUGCCCCUGUGACUACACCCUGUGGACACAGUUUCUGUGAGAAGUGCAUCAAUAGCUACUGGGACAAGGAAGCACAAGGACCCACAGAACAGAAAGUAUAUUUUUGUCCUGAAUGCCGGAAAGAUUUCCCUGAGAGGCCAGAACUGAGCAAGACAGUUCAGUUGGACAGCCUGGUGGAGCUGCUCAGGCAAGGAGACACACAGCAGGCCCCCGGCACAGAGCUGGGCACCACUGUGCAAAGGAAGAGAUGCCCAAGGCACGGCUGGCCCUUGGAGCUCUACUGCAAGAAUGAGAAGCGGGGCAUCUGCUGUGAGUGCACCGUCAAGGAGUGCCGGGACCACGGCAGAGUGCUCUUUGAGGAGGAGAGGAAAAUUAAGGAUGAGUCUGUGAGAAAAACACUGGAGGAAACCCAGAAGGAGGCAAAAAGGAUUGGAGAAGAAAUCCAGAAAGUGGAGCAACAGAUAGCUGCAGUUAAGGAUUCUUCACAGCAAUUCAAAUCAAAGAUUUUGCAAAAGUUUUGCCAUAUUAUGGAAGCCCUAAAAGGAUGCCAAAGGAAGGCCGUGGAGAGAAUUGAAAGCGAGCAGGCUCUUGCGCUCGGCCAGUUGGAGGAGAGCUGGAAUCGGCUGCAGCACCAGUUGGAGGUUCUUGCUGAACACGAUAAGAAGGCCAAAGAGCUGCUCACCUGUGCUGAUAAUGUCAAGUUUCUGGAGGAACUGCCAUAUCUUCCUCCUCCUGGCAACUCAGAAAUUCUUCCACCUCUUGUAUUUGAUUUGGCCACCAGUGUCCUCACCACCACUCAAUUCCUCAAUGAAAUCAACAAGCUUUUGCAAGAAGCUACACCACCAGUGGCUGACAUAAAAAGUACAGUUUCAAAGGAGCCAAAGAUAAUUGGGAAGAAAGUUGAACUACGUCUUCCAGACAACGAGUUAAGAAUGUGCCUUUUGAAAAAUCAACAGAACCUGACCUUUGAUCCAAGCACAGCAAACAAAUACCUACGGUUGUCUGAUCUCGACCGGAAGGCUGCCCAUCCUCAAGACUUUUCAAAAAUGCCAAAUGAACCUCAGAGGUUUGAACCUUGGCAAGUGCUAUGUGUCCAGAAAUUCAGCCAAGGCAGUAACUACUGGGAAGUCAAGAUAUCAGGCCAGUCUGCCAUUGUUGGUGUCGCUUAUGAAAGAAUCUGUAGGAAUAAAUGGGGCAGACAAAAUUUCACCAUUGGGCAGGACCAGUUAUCCUGGGGCCUGCAUGUCCAAGAAGACUGCUAUGUGGCUUGGCACAAUGGCGAGCCUACGAAGAUCAAAGAGCCCUUGUGCAAGUUCAUUGGUGUGUCCUUGAACUGUGACCACGGGAUCUUGUGCUUUUACGGUGUAGAUGACAAUAUGAAGCCCUUGCACUCAUUUGACAUCAUCUUUUCACCCCCACUUGUCCCAAUUUUUUGGCUGUGUGAAGGCACAACAGUCACCCUUUGCCAAAAGGCAGAAGGCCAAGGCCAAAUUGAUGGGAUGCCUGCUGACAUACAAACAACUCUCACCGUUGUGGAGAAACAAGGAGAUAAGAAGACUGCUCCAAAACAGUGACAGUGAUUUUCUGUAGCCCUCAAGAUGCCUAGGUUUUUAGUGGUCUGUGUUGUUUUUCUCCUUUGUAAAUCAUCCUCGAGACAUCAUUGAUUUCUGGCUCUCGCAACUAAAGUUGCAACUAACAUGCAACGUCAAGAGUACUUACUCAUUAAGUACCCAGACAUAGAAGUUAACCUAUCUUAACUAUCUGCUUCUUGAUGUAACAUCCAUUCUAAAAAUUUUACCUUAUUUUAAGAAACUCAGCAGUGAAAGUGGAUGAGGGAAGUGAUUACAGGGAGCCCCUGAUUUACAAACAAUCUUACAUAUGAGUCCUAGACUCCUAGUUAAGAAUUGUGUAUGUGUGUGUGUGUGUGGUGUGCUAGGUGAAUCCUCUGGGCCUUUUGCAUUAUCUGAAAAUAUGUAAGCAUUUACAUGCACAGAUAAAAAUAAAUAAUAUGUUCAGACAAACAUAUUUCCAAGUUGCAUUUAAAGUAGACCUGUGUGCAUUUUUUUUAAGUUUUUGGUAUGUACAGUAUGGGGCUUGUGCCAUUGUAAGAUCUUCAUGAUACCCUCAUCAGAAAAAUUUUAUCUCACUUCCUGUCCCUGAGUCAACAGGACAUGAGAGAAAAAUCUACCUCUAGGAAGGGAAAUUCACUCCUGUAAGUGUUAUCAAUGGGGAAAGGUGUCUCCACUUAAGCUUUCUCGCCAAUCCUUUUUUCCACAACCCCAAAUUUUCAAAAUCCAAUUGUUCCAGGGAUAGAAAGUAAAGUGAAAUCUUCUGAACAAGGGCAUAAACAGCAAAACAAAUACUACGGGGAUAUUAACCCUUUCGUAUGUUAUCUAAAACAUUUUUAAAAAUCGGCUGGAGUUCCAUUUAAAAAUGUACCUAUUCCAAGUUACAAAUUCAACUUCAGAACAAACCAACAGAACCUACCUUGUUUGAAACCCAGUUAAUAGCCUUGGUAGGGGGAUUUGACAUGUGAUUGACAAAGAACCACAUUGGCAGAAAGUAGUUGGCACAAUAGUGGAUGGGAACUCAUAGGGACAAUUUAAGGUGAGUGCAAAUUUUCCAGGUAGCUUUAUCCUGGAACUUGUUUUGUCAGAAAACUAGGCAGUAACACUUUUGUUGUUGUUGUAGAUUUCAGAAAGGUGCCAUGUUGCCAUGUCUUUAUCAGACUUCCAGAAACUAAUGUAACAUUGACUUGUAUAUGUCAGUAUGGAUGGCUUACCUUACAAAUUGUUUUUUGUUAUGCUUUUUCAUACUCAGAAAGUGAAUGCCAAGCUCAUUGCCAUUUGUUUUCCUGUAUACUUUUAAAGUUUGCUUUCUAAUUCAAGUUUCCUCCUUUUUAUUGUACUUCUCUACUGAUAAAUUAGGCAAUGUUAGGCCUUCUCAGUGGUGGCUCCUUGGCUGUGGAACUCCCUCCCUAGUGACAUCUGGCAGGCUCCAUCUCUUUUGAGUUUUAGAAAGGAAGUGAAGACCUGGCUAUGCAAGCAAGCGUUCAAAGAAUAGGUUUUGUUGGCUUCGACUUGGUAUGGACUAAGGUUUAUGUACAAGGUUUUGUGGAUGAAUGGCUUGAGUAUUUUGUAUUGUUUUAAAUCUGUAUUUAACUACUUAUGUUUUAUUAUUUUGUAUUGUUGUGUAUUGGCAUCGAAUUCUGCCAGUUUUGUAACUGCCCUGAGUCCCUUCGGGUAAGAAGGGCGGGAUAGAAAUGAUGGAAAUAAAAUAAUAUAUAAAUAAAUCAAACCCAUAAGAAGGUCACUCCCAGAAAAAGAGACUUCAAUAAUAAAUGGGUAUAUCUAGUAUGAAAUCAAAUGAACCAAAAAGGCUUGUGCCAUGAAGAUCCCUUGACAUGAGAAACAGUUGAUUUUGCAAAUUGAAUUAUUUCUAGUCUCUGGUGCCUUGUCCAAUGCUUGAAACACCAUUUGCCUUUUCACACUACAAUAUAUGAUGUUUGUGAGAUGUGUAUCCUCAGGCCCUUUCUUAGUACUUCUUCCCCAAAUAGAUGAGUGUUUGUGUGUGUGCGUGCGCAUUUGGGUGACUUUCAAGAAGUUUUUUUCACAGGCAAGGGACUUGCAGGAACAUCUCAGCAAGCAAGAGUCCAAAAGUGGCAGGCUAAAACCUGGAACCUCAAGCCAUGGCUAAUACCAGAUGAGAAACCCUCCUGGGCACACAGAAGACUGAGUGACUUGGAAGGCGCUGAACAGACUGCACUCUGGCACCACGAGAUGCAGAGCCAACCUCAAGAAAUUGGGGCUACAAAGUGGAGUCCACGACACACAAGAGUGGAGAUCAAACCACAGACCACUGACUACAAUGCAGCCUGAGCCCUGCCACAUGCACAAUGGAGGAGUUCUCACAGCAAUACCAGAGGCACUCCCAAGUGGCCGGCUACUGGUCAAAGGACUUUUAGUAUAAUGCCAAGUUUUUAAUUUGUGGUUUUUCUAUACAUUAUAACUGUAUUCUCAGUUCACUUCUGACAUGGUAAAUAAAGAGGAAAGGGAUA